GUGGUCAAGGUAUUAUGUUGUGUUAAUAUAACUGAAACAAAUAAUUCUUAUUCAAAAUAUUUUUUUCGCUAGAGAAGAGAUCAUUUUCUAAGUUCGAAUAUGGAAGCAGAACCUUUAGAGCUUGAAGAUGGCGAGGUUGUCGAUGAUGAGCCAACCGAUGUCUUUGAAGGAUACAACGUAUUGCAGAGGCCUCACAUGAUACAAGCAACAGAAGGACAGACGAAACUAGGAUACAGUGAUGAAUCAGAUGAGUCUGUGGAUACAGAAAGUGAUUCAGAUUCCGAUUCAGCACAUACUAGAAACAAAAAACCUAAGUUGAAAAUAAAAAGAUCCAAAAGCUUAUCUAACAAUUGGGGAACAAAUAAUGAUAAAUACAAAGUAUGGUGUACACAGGUGCAAGAAGAAUCGUUAACAGAAGACUUAGUUUCAUGUGGUGUUACAAAGAAACUCUAUCAAGAACGUAGUGUUGAAAGUUAUAAUUUUACUCUUCGAUAUCCAUCAAAUGCUAACGGAUCUCGUAACAAUAUUAGUUCAGAUGAUGAGAAAUAUACUGGACAGAGAUUAACUAAUAAGAGGACAAAUUCUGAUAGACAAAACAUACAACUUAGAUUAGGGAAAAGAAGAAAUUCAAUGGAAGUUGAUUGUCAAAAAGGAUGUAUACGUAUUAUAGCAGAUUUAAGUACAACAAUAGAUUCAACAGAUUCAGAUGUUGCAACUGAUAUUGCAGAUAAACUUUGUGAAAAUAAGGAUCUCCUUAUAAGUAGAGUAGUAAAAAUAAUUGGAAAAGAAAAAGCAAUUGAUUUUUUUCAAAAAACAAAAAAAAUCGAAGAAAAUGGCGGUUUGUUAACAAUGAAUGGAUCUCGUAGAAGAACAGCAGGUGGUGUAUACUUAUGGCUUGUAAAAAAUGAUGAACAUAUUCCACAAGAAAAAAUCAGAGAAAUAUUUUAUAUCGAUAAGAAAAAAAAUGUGGAACAAAAGAAAAAAAUACAGGCUGAUGAGAAAAGAAAAAAAACACAGGAGCUUAUGAGAAGUCUUGAAAAUGGUUCUGAUAAAGAUCUUCCAGCUUUAUUAACGAGAGCAGAGUUUUCAACCAGACAGAUUGCAGAAGAAGCAAGAUUAAGACGUGGUGUAGGAAUGGAUAGAAUGCCUUUAGAUUCUGAUCGUACAGUAACCAAUCCUCCACCUAGUCCCGUUACAGAUGAUCCAGAUCACACUGAACAUCACUCUGAACACUCUCUUCAAUCAAGACAAGUUCAAGAUUAUGCAGAUGAUUUUCUCGACAUUGGUAUAGAUGUAGAUAGCAUGGAAGUAUUUUAA